AUGGUGCUGUACGCGUUCACGGCGGUGUGGAUCUGCUGGGUGACGUGGGCCUACAACAUGUUGUUCACCGACAAGCUGCUGCCGCUGUGGGGCAAGGCCCGGCCCUCGCUGAACCAGGGUUACCUCGUGGGGCAGGCCGACCUCCCCGCCACGGCGCACUACUUUGCCGAUGGGACCACCGUGGAGACCGCCACCGUGGAGCCGCUAUACCCGAUGGCCACCGUGGUGUACUUCCAGUGCGUGUUCGUGGCCAUGACGCUGAUUCUCGUGGCCGGGUUGCUGUGGGGCGUCAUCGACUACUGCGGCGGCUACGUCAUCCACCUCUCCGCCGAGUUCGCCGGCUUCACGGCCGCCUACUGGGUGGGUCCCCGGGCGCACAAGGACAGGGAGAGGCUCCCGCCCAACAACAUUCUGUUCACGCUCACCAGCACAGGUUUGUUGUGGAUGAGGUGGGCCGGGUUCAAUGGUGACGGGCCGUACGCUGCCAACAUAGUGGCAUCCAUGUCGGUGCUCAACACCAACAUCUGCACCGCCAUGAGCCUCAUCGUCUGGACAUGCCUCGACGUCGUCGUCUUCAAGAAGCCAUCCAUCGUGGGCGCCGUCGAGGGCAUGAUCACUGGACUCAUCUACAUCAUGCCCACUAUAGUACUGAGGGCCUGUCCUGGGCUGGGUCCCCCUCCCGUGGGCCCUAGGCCAUCGCACCCCGUGCACCUUGCAGGGCCGGCACUGGGCGUGGCGGGGCUCCUGGGCGGCCAGCACACGGGGCUCCUCGCCGACCCCACCCUGUGCGCGCUCUUCCUGCCCGUCAGCAACUCCCGGGGCGCCUUCUACGGCGGCGGCACGCAGCUUGGCAAGCAGCUGGCGGGCGCGCUCUUCAUCAUCGGAUGGAACGUGGCCGUCACCUCGAUCAUCUGCGUUGCCAUCAACGCCGUCGUCCUGCUGCGCAUGACCGAGGACAAGCUCGAGGUCGGUGACGACGCCGUCCACGGCGAGGAGGUGUACGCGCUCUGGGGCGACGGCGAGCUCUACGACGUCAGAGAGCACGGCCCGCGCGGCGCCCCCGCCGUCGCGCCCGUGUGCACGACCCCGAAUUGA